AUGGUGGGCAGUUUUACCGAUAUAGGGGCAACAUGCGUUGAUUUCUGCAAUUUUAGACGUGACUUGCUAGCAUAUAUCGCGGGGGCGGAUGCACAAAUGGUCAUAGAAGACAUGUUCAAAAACAAGGAGGCGAACCCGGAUUUCUAUUUUGAUUUUGACCUUAAUGAAGAGAGGCAACUGUGUAGGUUGUUUUGGACGGAUGCGGUAUCUCGGAAGAAUUUCGCAUGCUUCGGGGAUGUGAUGUCAUUCGAUGCAACAUACAGAACAAACAGAUACAAGCUCGUCUUCGUACCCUUCACGGGAGUAGAUAACCACAAAAGAUGCAUUACCUUUGGAGCAAGCCUCAUUGCGAGAGAAGAUGUGCAAUCAUACACGUGGCUACUGAAAAGCUUUAAAACCGCAAUGAGACAUACUCCAAGAUGUUGUAUAACGGAUCAAGACCCUGCUUUAAAGGUGGCAGUACCAAACAUUAUGCCAGAAACAAAACACCGAUUCUGCAUGUGGCACAUAAUGUCAAAACUAGGAGACAAGGUGGGAACUGCAUUGGCAAACAAUAGUGAUUUUAAAAAGGCAAUCAACAAUACAGUAUGGGAUGAAACAAUAAGGGCCCCAGAAUUUGAGAGGAGAUGGGCAACAGUAAUGACAGAUUACAACCUUGUCGACCACAGAUGGUUCAGUCAACUAUACGAGGCGAAGGAAACAUGGAUACCCGCUUAUUUCCAAGACAUAUUCAUGGGAGGACUACUCAAAACAACAUCUCGUUCAGAAUCAGAAAAUAGUUAUUUUGGAAAAUUCACUAAACACCACAACAGUCUGGUAGAGUUCCUCAUGCAAUACAACAGGGCCAUAGAAGAACAAAGGCAUAACCAAAACAAGUUGAACGCGAGGUGUGAAGGUUCAUUCCCUGAAACAAAGACCCCUAUGGCCAUAGAACGCCAAGCUGCUGUAGUAUACACCAUAGAAAUCUUCUACGAGUUCCAACCAGAGUUAUGGGAAGGAAGUUUCAAUUGUAAAAUCACCAACAAGACCAUGGACGAUGGUGCCCGGAAGUACAUUGUGCAAGAAACAGGUAAAAAGCUAUUUGAGGUAACGUACCAAGAAACAACUCAAAUUACCGAAUGCAGCUGCAAUAAAUUCAAUAGAGUAGGAAUCCUGUGUAGGCAUGUGUUGGCCGUUUUCAAGGACGAAGAUGUACAAGAAAUACCGGGGAGGUAUAUUGUUCCUCGCUGGACAAGAGAUGCGGAUGCACAACCAAUGUACGAUAUAGUGUGGAAGGCAACAAGUAAUACGCAUGGGGGAAAUGAAAGAAGAACCGUUGCCAACAAACUUUGGAAUGAAUUUUACAAUUGCAUGGGUUUAGCUAAUGGAUGGCCAGACCAAAUGGAGGCAAUGUUGACAACAUUGCAACAGCUAAAAGCAACAUUACAAAGUGCCACCCAACAUUGCAAUCCCAGUGCCACCCCCCAAUCAGUAAUAGAAUCAAUAGUCAAUGCUACCGCACCUAGUGAAAUACAAAUCAAGACACCCAGUGUAGCAAAGAACAAAGGUAGUGGAAAAAGAUUGAAGAGCAACAAAGAAAAAGCAUGUGAGAAAAACAAGAAAAAAGUGAGGAAGUGCGCUACCUGCGACAAGCCAGGGCACGACAGCAGAAAUUGCGUUGAAAACAAAGAACUCCCAUAG